UUGUUAUGCAUUCUCUUUCUUUUUCUCUCUAAAGUUUAGAGACAGAGGGAGGAGCGUGGCGGCUCGCUCUCCACGUCUCCGUGCUUUGAACGCCGUGUGGCGUGUGUCCGUCUCCCUCUAUCUCUCUCGCCUGCAACUCCUCGAACCAGUGCUACAAUCGAAGACAGGGCUGUUGCAGGUGGUCUUUUACUGUAAUAUAAUUGCCAGCAGACAUGUCUUCUUCCUCUUGGAUCACAUCUUUGACAUGCUCCCCUAGCUUCAUCGUGCAGAAGCCUAAUGGCAUCUUUUCCUUCUUGUUUCAAUGGUUGAGAUUCAUCUUCCUCUCACCCUGUCCUCAGAGGCUUCUAGUCUCCGCCAUUAAUCUCAUUUUCCUUCUCACGAUUUUCGGCUUUGCCCUUCGGAAGCUAUGUUCGAAAUUUUGGUUUUCUGGCGAGUCUUCUUCUAAAUCAAUCCAAAAAAUUCAAGCAAAGACUGGGUUUAAGUUCAAGACCACGCUGGUGUUGACAUGUCUGUUAGCUAUACUCAAUGCUGCCCUCUGCAUAAAAUAUUUUGCAGAGAGGAACCACACAUUUUGGAACCUUCAGCUUGCCAUCUUUAGGUUGAUAGAAUUUCUCGGCUACCUCGCAGCAUCUAUGAUCGUAGCCCAUGAGAAGAAGUUCAAGGCACUGCAUCAUCCGGUGUCUCUUCGUGGUUGGUGGGUAGCCAGUUUUGUGCUAUGCUGUUUCAUGUCCAUCUCUGCAAUGUUCAGGUCGAACGAGAGCAUCGAUCAAGAUCUGAGAAUUGAGGACAUUUGCUCUGUGGUCGCCCUUGUUCCGACAAUAGUUCUUCUUUUCUUUGCUGUAAAUGGAUCAACCGGUUUGGAAUUAAUAGAUGAAGAUGAAGAAGUUGAAUCAAUAGAUAGCAAAUUACGAGAGCCACUUCUAGAAAAGUCAGCCCUUGAGGGCAGCACAACAGCUUAUGAGUCCGCCAACUUGUUCUACAGAUUGACAUUUACAUGGUUGAAUCCGCUUCUUAAGAAAGGGUACAGUUCUCCGCUUAAACUUCAAGAUGUGCCUUCACUUGCCUCCUUUGACAGAGCUGAUGUAAUGUACGACCGCUUCCAAUCGAAAUGGCCAAGCACUAAUGUGAAAAAUCCAGUUAGAGUAACCUUGUUCAAGUGCUUUUGGCCAAAUUUAUCUUUGACAGCAACACUUGCCAUCCUGAGGCUCUGUGUUAUGUAUGUUGGUCCAACUCUGAUACAGAGAUUUGUAGAUUUCACCUCUGGUAAGCGCGAGUCUGCUUAUGAAGGCUAUUAUCUUGUUAUCAUCCUCCUUGUCGCAAAAUCCAUAGAAGUUAUGUGUUCCCACCAGUAUAAUUUUCAUUGUCAGAGGUUGGGCACGCUUAUUCGGUCGACCUUGAUAACUUCUCUCUACCAAAAGGGUCUUAGACUCUCCUGCGCUGCUCGGCAAUCUCAUGGAGUUGGUCAAAUUGUCAAUUACAUGGCCGUCGAUGCACAACAGCUUUCUGACAUGAUGCUUCAGCUUCACUACAUAUGGCUAACCCCUCUUCAGAUUGGAGUUGCAUUAGGCCUUCUCUACGGUUUCUUAGGGUUGUCCAUGACUUCUGCUACUGUUGGUAUAGUAGCGGUUAUAGUUUUUGUGGCAUUGGGAACCCGAAGGAACAACCGCUUUCAGUUCAAUUUGAUGAAGAUGAGGGAUUCACGAAUGAAAUCAAUGAAUGAAAUGCUGAAUUACAUGAGGGUGAUAAAGUUUCAAGCGUGGGAAGAACAUUUCAACAAGAGGGUGCAGUCGUUUAGGGAGUCUGAGUAUGGGUGGUUGAGCAAAUUCAUGUAUUCUGUUUCAGGUAACAUAGUUGUGCUGUGGAGUACUCCUAUUCUAGUCUCGUCAUUGACAUUUGGAACCUGUGUGUUGCUGGGAGAGGAAUUGACAGCUGCAAAAGUUUUCACUGCCACUUCUUUCUUUAAGAUCUUGCAAGAACCAAUUAGAAGCUUUCCACAGGCACUAAUCUCUUUGUCGCAGGCUAUGAUUUCUUUAGAUCGGCUGGAUAGGUACAUGACAAGUAAAGAAUUGGAUAAGGAGGCAGUGGAAAGGCUGUCAAUUGGAGAAAUGGGAGAUAAUGCAGUGCAGAUUGAAGAUGGUACAUUCAGUUGGGAUGAUGAAGAGCGUGCUGGGGUACUCAGGAACAUCAACAUGGAGAUCAAGAGAGGAUGGCUCGCUGCUGUUGUGGGAACUGUUGGAUCUGGCAAGUCGUCACUUGUUUCUUGCAUUCUUGGUGAGAUGGCUAAGAUCUCUGGGAAGGUGAGAGUGAGCGGCACUACUGCUUAUGUUGCUCAAACAGCGUGGAUACAGAAUGGGACCAUCCAAGAUAACAUCCUCUUUGGAAAACCAAUGGAUGUGGGCAGAUACAGAGAGGUAUUGAGGGUAUGCUGCCUUGAGAAGGAUUUAGACAUGAUGGAGUUUGGCGACCAGACUGAGAUUGGAGAACGAGGGAUCAACCUUAGCGGAGGCCAGAAGCAGAGGAUCCAGCUAGCUCGGGCUGUUUACCAAGAUUCAGACAUCUACAUACUUGAUGACAUCUUUAGUGCAGUUGAUGCACACACAGGUUCCGACAUCUUCAAGGAGUGUGUGCGAGGGGUUUUGAAGAACAAGACAAUUUUGCUGGUAACUCACCAGGUUGACUUCCUCCACAAUGUUGAUAUCAUCAUGGUUAUGCGUGAAGGGAAGAUUGUUCAGUCUGGAAAGUACAAUGACCUACUGGAAUGUGGGACUGAUUUUGAAGCAUUGGUUUCUGCUCAUGAAAAUGCCAUGGAGCUUGUGGAGAAAAGUGCCAGUAUUCUCAAUGAUAAUCACAGUUCAAAACCAUCACAUGACUCACUAACUAAUGGACAAGAAAGGAUGAAAGAAAAUGAGUCCAAGGAUUACUCUGACUCUUCCAAGGCAAAUAAUAGAACAUCUAAACUUAUAGAUGAAGAGCAGAGAGAGACUGGCCAUGUCAGCUGGCACAUAUACAAGAUGUAUUUAACAGAAGCAUAUGGGUGGUAUGGCAUAAUUGUACUUCUCAUAUUUCAAGUUCUGUGGCAAGGAUCCCUUGUGGUAGCUGACUACUGGCUUGCGCUUGAGACAUCAAAUACCAGCUCAGGCUCAUUUAAUGCUAGCAUGUUUAUUUCCGUAUACUCUACUAUUGCAGUAGCUUCAUGUGUAUUUGUGGUGCUCAGGAUAUUUUGCAUGACAUUUCUGGGACUCAAAACAUCUCAGGUCUUCUUCAAACAGAUUCUUAACAGCAUACUUCAUGCUCCAAUGUCAUUUUUUGACACAACACCUUCUGGAAGGAUUCUUAGCAGGGCAUCCACGGACCAGACUAACAUAGAUCUUUUCCUUCCCUUCUUUCUGGGGAUGUCAAUCGCCAUGUUCUUCACAGUUCUGAGCAUCAUUAUUGUCACGUGCCAAGUCGCUUGGCCAACCAUCUUAAUUAUUGCUCCACUUGCUUGGAUGAAUUUUUGGUACAGGGGAUAUUAUCUCUCCACAUCACGUGAAUUAACUCGCCUUGACUCCAUUACAAAGGCACCUGUAAUUCAUCAUUUCUCAGAGACCAUUGCUGGAUUUAUGACAAUCAGAUGCUUUAAGAAGGAAGAGAUCUUUUCUCAGGAUAAUGUAAAUAGAGUUAAUUCGAACUUGCGCAUGGACUUCCAUAACUACUCUUCCAAUGAGUGGUUGGGAUACCGAUUAGAAAUGAUUGGUAGCUUCAUUCUUUGUGCAUCGGCUUUGUUCAUGGUGUUGCUUCCAAGCAAUAUAAUCAAGCCAGAGUUUGUUGGAUUGUCUCUUUCAUAUGGUCUAUCUCUGAAUUCUGCACUCUUUUGGGCAAUAUUUGUAAGUUGCUUUGUGGAGAAUAGAAUGGUCUCCGUUGAAAGAAUAAAACAGUUCACCAACAUCCCAUCGGAAGCACCAUGGGCCAUAGAACAUUGUCUUCCCUCUCCAGAUUGGCCUACACAUGGAAAUGUGAAUAUCCACAGCCUGGAGGUCCGGUACCGGCCAAGUACACCUCUGGUCCUGAAAGGCAUAAGCCUUAAUAUAUAUGGUGGUGAAAAGAUAGGCAUCGUUGGUAGAACUGGGAGUGGAAAAUCCACGUUCAUCCAAGCUCUGUUUAGGAUUGUGGAACCUUCAAGUGGUAAAAUAAUUGUUGACAGCGUAGACAUAUCCAAACUUGGCCUGCAUGACCUCCGAUCUCGAUUCGGUAUAAUACCUCAAGAACCUGUUCUGUUUGAGGGAACAGUAAGAAGCAAUAUUGACCCAAUUGGACAGUAUUCUGAUGAUGAGAUCUGGAAGAGCCUGGAAAGAUGCCAACUGAAAGACGUUGUGGCCUCAAAACCUGAUAAACUUGAUUCACUUGUUGUUGAUAAUGGAGAAAACUGGAGUGUGGGGCAGAGGCAGCUUCUUUGCUUGGGUAGAGUCAUGUUGAAACGUAGCCGAAUUUUGUUCCUUGACGAAGCCACAGCUUCUGUUGACUCACAAACAGAUGGUGUAAUUCAAAAGAUAAUCAGGGAAGACUUUUCUUCUUGUACAAUCAUCAGCAUUGCUCAUAGAAUACCAACGGUCAUGGACUGUGACAGAGUUCUGGUCAUGGAUGGAGGGCUUGUAAAAGAAUUUGAUAAGCCAUCUCUUUUGUUAGAGCGGCCAACGCUCUUUGGUGCUCUUGUUCAAGAGUAUGCCAAUCGAUCGUCAGGUCUAUAGUGCGUCAACUUGCUAGUUUCUGAUUUUGCUUUGCUGGUGAUUAACUUAUGAUGCUGCCUCUAUUACAUCCAUCGCGGCACAGCCAUCCUCCAGAAGUAUCAUUGAUAUCCAUGGCUCAGUAAUGUCUUUCAACCCUUCAAAGAAGGAAACGUCAACUGUCUCACGUGAGAUUAUGAAACAGCAGCCUUUAACUGUCAAAUUUCCUGACACAUAAAAUUUGAUAGGUUGUAUCCCGUAACACAAAUAAUUGAUGCACCCAAUACAUUAUCAGUCAUAGCUGUUAGCUCUAUAAUUAAUUAUAUCUAAUUAUAUCUUGAUCA